AAAAAGAAAAUAAAAAGGGGGGAAGAGAGAGAGAGAGAGAGAGAGGAGAGAGAGAGGGAAGGGAAAAGCAUCUCGGACUCGUUAGCGAGGGUUUUCUCGCACAGAGCUCGCUUGUGAAGCCGAGAGAGAGAGAGAGAGAGAGAGAGAGAGAGAGAGAGAGACGAGGAGGAGGAGGAGGAGGAGCUCAAUCAAUAGAUUUAGUCUCGUGUGCAUCUUCUCCAUCGGGGUCUGGGGUUUCUUCUUCGAUCCCGAUGGAUGAGGCGUGGGAGAGAGCCGUGGAGACGGCUCUCGGGAGUCAGUCGAACACCUCUGCAGGGUCGCCGCCGCGGAGCCUAACCCUAGACGGCGCCGUGAAGUGCCUCCAUGGGAAGCUACCGCCGCCGGAGAUCCUGGAGCGGUUCCAGAGCCUGGAGCAUCUCUCGAUCGCCAACAUCGGGGUCUCCUCGCUCGAGAAGUUCCCGCGGCUCCGGAACCUGACGCGGCUCAUCCUCUCCGACAACCGGAUCGCCGGGGGGCUCGAGUUCCUGGUGGAGGCGGGGCUCGAUGCGCUCCGCGACCUCGAUCUCUCCAACAACCGGAUCCAGUUCGUCGAGGAUCUCGCUCCGCUCGCGCAGAUGCGGCUUGUUUCUCUGGAUCUAUACGAGUGUCCUGUAACGAGGAUCAAAGAUUACCGAUCUAGGGUUUUCAGCAUGAUUCGGACACUCAAGUAUCUCGACAAGAUGGAUGCUGACGAGAACGAGCGGCCUGAGACGGAUGAUGAGGACGAGGAAGAAGAAGAUGAGGAGGACGAUGAGGAGGAAGAGGAGGAUCCUGGGAGCGGCGAGGUUGACGGAGAUGACCGAGCAGGGAGGUCUGUGAAUGGUGCUUCGGGAAGCCCUCGAGGUGACGGGAUCCUCGAUGUGGAUGAGGACGAGGAGAGCGAUGCUGAUGAGGAGGAGACUGAGAUCGGUGGGAGGAUGGAGGUGAAUGGAUCUCUGAAUGGUUCCCAUCUAUCAAAUGGGUUCCGAGUUGCAGCGGCUAGGCCAGCUUCUGCUGAUGGAGAAGAAGAGGAUGAGGAUGAAGAAGAGGAUGUAGAAGAUGGUGAUGAUGAGGAUGACGAUGACGACGACGACGAUGAUCCAGAUUUGGGGGAGGAGAUUGAUGAGGAGGAAGUGGAGGAGGAGGAUGUGGUCGAAGUGCAUGAUAUUGCGGAUAGUGAGGAGGAUAGGGAUGGUGUUGAAGAGGAGGGGGAGGAAGAGGUUGAUGAAGAGGAUGAUGAUGAGGACGAUAAUGGUGAUGGUGAGGAGGAUGAGGAAGACUUGGAGAAUGAAGAGGGGGGUGAGCCGGGGAGUACGGGGAGAACGAUGACCACCGCAGAAGAAGAGAUUGAUGGGCAUGAACAAGGAGAGGAGGAUGAGAAUGGGGAGAUUGGUGAGGAGGAUGAGCAGGGAGUUGAGGAAGAUAGGGAGUAUCAGGAGGAUGGUGAGGAUGAUGAUGAGGAUGAAGAUACGGUGACUGAAUAUUUGGUACAGCCGAUCAUUCAACCCACUAACGCGACCGGAGCAAGAGAUGCCUGUGAUGAAGACGAAGACGACGACGAUGAAGAAGAUGAAGUGGACAACGACGAGGAGGGCAUCAAUGGUGGUAAGCACGAGCCCUCCUCAUCUCAUGGCAACAAGAGGAAGAGAGAUGAUGAGGAAGAUAUCGACGACGACGAUGACGACGACGGUGACGACGAUGAUGACGGUGUCGAUGAUUUGCAGUCGUCGAAGCAUCGUUGACGGUGAAUCCCCGCCAAUGUACAUGGAUGCUAGAACAAAGUAAUGGUGGGCUCUUUCUUUUUUUUCCCUCCUUUUUAACUCUUUUUUUACCCCUUUUUUUCCCCUUGUCUCUAAGUUUGUGUAGACUCUUUUAUGAUGAUAGCUUGGAAAGAGAAGAAAGAACAGAAACUAUGAGGGAAUGAAACCUGUGAAGCUGUUUUUUGUUUCUUCCCUCCUCAUUUCAAAAGUUCGUUACUUUCCCUUUGCC